AUGGCAAUGAUCUUUCUAACAAAACGCGUGGAAAGGAAGGUGGAAAUUAACAGCAAACUGGUGAAGAAUAUGAAUGAUCAAAGACAUGACGUAACUGAUAUAGGGGAUGCUUUUCCAUCCGACGCUCUCUUAUUAUGGAGGAUGACUAGCUUAGUCACAGUUCACAAAAUGCCUCAGAUGUCUUGA